AUGCAGGUUGAAAGUGCAACGAAAUGGCGUGUUCCUCCGCUGGACCUGUCCGCUGUCAGUGUGCUCACGAACGAGACGGAACGGCGCUGGAACCACGGUGCGAAUGGCAAUGGUGGCGGUGGUACUACGAACCUUAGCGGCCGCGAAUCAAAUGCCAGCUCGCAGACCAACAUCAAGAAGGUGCAGUACGGGGCGGACGGACUGCCGAUCGAUCCACGUGACUGGACGCGGGCGAACGUGUGGACUUGGCUAAUCAAUUUGGCCCAGUCGGAAGGUUUGGACAUCAGCCCCGAACUGGCACAGAAGUUCCCCAUGAAUGGAAAGGCCCUCUGUCUGAUGAGUCUCGACAUGUACCUGAGCCGAGUACCGAUCGGUGGCAAGAUGCUAUACCGUGACUUCCGGGUCCGAUUGGCAAGGGCCAUGAGCUUAUGA